CUGUUCAUGUUCUAUCAACACCCACAGCAUUCCUAUUUCCCCGACAGUUCGCGAUUCGCACCCACUGCCAUUCCACAACACGUGCGAUUUCUUGUGCCCAUCCCCUGUAACUUGAAGCAUCCCAGCUCGACGAUGGACUGCCCGAGAGGCCACUUGUGACAGAAUGACGACCCAGCUCCUAGCUACGGAGCUAACGAAUCUCAUCCAAGAAAGCAAGCGGAAACACAAUGACCUCAGACAGGCGGCCGAGAAGUCUCUCGAAGAGCUCAAGGGACUGAGAGGGGCUAAUGAAGCUCAAGCUGCCAACGAGCUGGCCCAGAGACCCAACUUUGUCAAUCCCUUCAUCGUUGCUUGCGGGACUAAGAAUGCAAAGUUCACCGGCAUCGCCAUUGUCUGCCUCCAGAGACUUAUUGUUGCCCGCGCCCUCCCUAGAGGGAAGCUGAAUCAGGUUCUCGAAGCUCUCAGGGAGGCAACCUCGGCAGGUCUGGAUGUCCAACUCAAGAUCCUUCAGGCUUUACCUUCGUUGCUGCAGAACUACGCCACCGAUCUGAAAGGCGACCUCCUGAUCACUGCGCUGAACAUUUGCUUUAUCCUGCAGACGAGCAAGAAUGCCAUCGUCAACAACACCUCGGCCGCAACCCUGCAGCAGCUUGUAGUAUCCGUGUUUGACAAGGUUGUCACUGAAGACAAAACUACGCCCCCGGGGGCUCCCGCUGGCGAGGCGCCAGCCGGCGACGGCACAGUUGAGCUGCGCGCAGCAGCGCUGGAUGCAUACAGGAUAUUCAAUGACCUGUGCCUCAUGACAGAAAACCAGCGUCCCGAGUAUUUGAGGUUCUCUGGACUUCCGCAAACGUUUGGGCUCGAGCUGAUAGAAUCCGUUCUGACAAACCAUGCGGCUGUGUUUUCUGCCCACAAAGAGCAAGCGCAUAUCCUGCAGAUACGGGUCAUGCCCUUCAUUAUUAGUGCGCUCAAAGGGAAGCCAAACUUCGCGACAACGGUCAGGCUGGUCCGGAUUUUAUACACGCUAUUGAGACGCCACAUCAACAUUCUUCCAUCAGAAAGUGGCGAUGCCCUCGACAUCCUCACCAACCUACUAGACCAGGAAACGGCGAUAUGGAAGCGAGCUCUAUGCUUGGAAGUGUUUCGGGGCAUCUUUUCGGAGCACGCUCUCAUUCGACGGAUAUUCGUCAACUACGAUGCAAAAGAAGGCGAGAAGGACGUCCUCAAGCACUUGACGGCGACAUUUGUGCGGCUCAGUACGGAGAAGCCGGCCGUCAUUGGGCUCGGUCAUCAGUCCACUGUUCCGGUGGCGAAUCCAUACGCCAGCAUCGCAUCAUCCACUGACCAAGCCAUGCUCGAGGCUAGCGGCGUCACGGGCAUCAUCAGUGGCACCGUCGAUGCGGAUGGUUCCAAUAUCGGUAUCAGUACGCAAUGGAGUAGCGUAAGGGUUCCUUGUAUUGACCAACUCGACAAGACCGAGGCACCGUCGAUUCCCGAGACCUACAUCUACAGCUUGACCUUGUCCUGCAUCUCAUCACUUUCCGAGGGCCUUGCCAAGUUUAUCCUUCCGCUCACGGUGCCAGGAGAUAGCCGCAGCCGCAAGAAGAACGGUAAGCAGGAGCCAGAGCGCGAUUCUUCGGCGCCCCCGCAGGAUGGCGCGGAUGGGUCACGAAUUGCAAUGGAACGAGCGGCUUCGUUCAAGAAGAACCCAGUGCCUCUCAAUCCUCUCGCUUUGGAAGACCAUCCCCUUCACAACGAAGUCAAGAUAUGCGCAGCCAUCAUUGAGGAAUGCUGGCCGGCCGUGCUGGCCACAUGUUCGACUUUUUUGUACGCUGCAAUGGAUUCGGAGUAUUACCACAGCCUUGUAAGAGCGUUCCAAAAGUUCGCCCAUGUUGCCGGGCUACUCCAGUUGGCCACGCCUAGAGACGCAUUCUUGACAACACUGGGCAAGGCGGCAGUACCGCCGAACGUAUUCACGGCGUGCCUAAAUGCCGGAACCGCCCGGCCGACGACGCCUACGCCGACCACAGAAGCACCAAACAGUAUUCUGAGUAACGCGCGAGGGAUACUAAGCGUCGACAGCCUCGUGAGCCAAUCGUCGCCCGCCGUCGACAGGGGAAGACAACAGGGACUCGAAGGAAGUCAGAUGGCACUCAACACUCGUAACCUUCUAUGUUUGAGGGCGCUUCUCAAUCUCGGAAUUGCUCUUGGUCCAACUCUCGGUCCCUCAUGGCGCAUCAUUCUCGAGACUCUGCAGCAAGCCGACUUUGUUCUCUUCUCCACGAGUAAGGCUCCUGGGAGGACACCUCUUGCAACGAAAGGGACAGACCACCAUGCCGAGGGCGAAGCGAAUGCCCUUCUAUCCAACUUUGGCAGCGAAGUCCGGGCCGUCGAGACCGCGGCGUCCCGUCUCAUCGAAAGCACAAUAGACUUCCCCAAUGAUGCAUUCGGGGAAGUGGUGACUGCGGUAUGCAAUCUCCUGGAAAGGACAGACGAAGAUAAGCCCAAGACGGAGACUGUUAGCCAGCCGCAAUCACCCGGUUCUGGUAGCAUUAAGCCACCCCACACUGGCCAGCACCGCCGAGUGCUCAGCAUCUCGACCGCAGCGGCCGCAGGACCGAACCAAGAAGACCAUUUCGCCCUAGCCAAGCUGGGAGAUAUCGCCACGAUCAACAUCGACCGUCUCUUGACGUACCCGCCUGACGUUUCUGGGUGGACAGCGCUGACGUCUGAGCUCAUCCACGUCCUCAGCUCGUCUUCAAUGAACGCUUCUGUGAGGCUCCGUGCUGCAGAGAUUAUAGUGAGACUAGCACUGGAAUCUGCCAAUGUCGCUGCGACGAUGGAGCGCAAGCAGUGCGGGAGCGUGCAGUUGCUGUUGUUAGAAGCCCUCCGCGAUGCUCUUUUGCCACUACAACGAGAGGACAGGGAGGUCACAGUCGCCAGCCACGGCACAGACGUUGACAUCCACAAGGUAAUUCUCGAAGGACUAAAGAGUCUUCUCGAGAACUGCGGCGAGACGCUCGUCAGCGGGUGGGAGAUCGCUUUCGAGAUCAUCGGCUCCAUUUUUAUCAACAGAAAGUUCGCGACGGGAGAGCAUCGGGGCUCCCAGACAGCCGUCCUCAUGACCCGGUCGGCGAAGCUUGUCCGGUCUUCCUUCAAUUCUCUUCAACUUAUAUGCUCCGACUUCUUAGCGUCUUUGCCGAAUUCCUGCUUUCUCAUACUCGUUGAUACCCUUUACAAAUUCUGCUCGCAAGAUGACGACCUCAACAUUGCGCUCACAACUGUCACGUUCUUCUGGGUUCUGUCAGACUUUCUCUCUGGCAAGACCGAGACCCUUCCCAUCACCGCCGACUUGAUGCAGGGCUCGAGUAUAACUGACCUGGCAGCCCUGGCCGCGGACUCGGAACACAAUGCGUCCGACGCCGCUCUCUGGAUGCUUUUGCUACUGAGACUUACCACCGUAACUGCAGAUGGGCGGCUAGAGCUCCGCAACAGCGCAAUCCAGACCCUACUGAGGAUAUUUGAUGCCUAUGGUGAUAAACUGAGCCCAGAAGCCUGGGCCACCUGCGUCAAGUCUGUCGUGUUCAAGCUUUUGUCGUCGAUUGAAGAAGAACUUGAAGCCGCUGUCGGCGAUGGCUCGACGCACCACAAACGCAAAGAGUGGCACGAGACUGCAGUCGUUGUUUUGAAUGGCAUCUCGGAGCUUUUGGCCAGCUACAUGGAGCCGCUCUCCGCCCAUUCCUCUUUCAACGCGCUGUGGCAAGAACUCUUGGGCCACUUUGCGACUCUGCUCAACUUCAAGGUCCUGGACAUCAACACGGCCGCCUACAAGGCUCUGGGCAAGGUCACCAAGCUCGACCACGAGCCCGGCAGGCCCGUUUUUGACACCAGCACUGUUAACACCGCAUGGGAGUUCUGGUCACGAGGAACGCCGGUCUCCCUGGACGAGGGUGACGGAAAGAAGACGGACAACCAGAACUGCCUCAUUGCCUAUGUCGCCGCGUUCCACGACGUGUACCAGCUCGUUCAAAAGGACCUGACCGUCGACAGGGUCCGCCAGAUGCUGACCCUCUUCCGUGAGGCCCUGCAGCAGGCCACCGUGGGAGCCUACGUCAACGAUAUUGAGUACGUCACGCCACUUCAAAACCAAGUGCUCGAGGCCAUCAAGAUGGUGCAGACAGACCUCGCUGGGGUGCCUUCUGCCAUGAUCUCGCAGGUGGCAGAGUUCGUCCGGCUCGCAUUCAGCGAUGAGGCGCUCGAAGCCCAGAGCUCGACGCAGCGAAGGACGUACGUGGCAAUGUCCAAGGCGAGCAUGUCCAUUCUGCAGACGCUCAUCCUCCUCAACGCGAGCGAUGCAGACAUAUACGCCAGCGAGGCCUUCUCCGCGGCGCUCUCGGCGCUCUCCAAACCACUGGUCCUCAAAUACAGGUUCCCCAUCGUGACCAAGUCAGCCCAGCCCUGGCGGCUUGCCACGAACACCAUCCUCGCGGUCCUGGAGGCGACGCUCCCGCAGAUGCGCGCUCUGCAGGUCCCGCGCUCAACCCUGCAAGGCAUAUGGCAGAUGGUUGUCGAGAUCGCCAACGGCAUCGUCAGCGCAGACACCAAAGCCGCACCGACGUCGGCCGACCUUUCGGACGACGAGUCGUUUGACAUAAUGUCCUUCCACAAGCUCCGCGAGCUCAUCAUCCCCGCGCUCGGCGCCGAGGCGAUCCCGGACAAGACGCGCAAGUGGUACGCCGAGAGCCUGUUCCGCACGUCCAUCAUCCACGCGCCGUCGCCGGUCGAGUCCUCCCUAAUCUUCGGUCCCAACGGCAACUCGGACGGAAACGGCCUCGCGAGCCUCUACAAGAAGCGCACGGGGCGCACCCUCGACCCGGUCCCGACGCUGCGCGAGCGCAUGUCGUACGUCUGCGUCGACGAGCUCUUCUCCCUGGUAUCGAGCUACGACGCCGCGAGCCUGCGCAUCGUCGUGCAGCCGCCGACGCCCGCGUUUCCGCCGGCGCGGUCGUCGGCGGCGUCCCAGCUCUCCGAGGCCCCGCAGGCCCUGCACGUACGGAUCGCGCGCUCGGCCGCGCCGUUCCUCAUCCUCCGGGCGGCGCUGACGAUACGCGCCUACAUCGCAGACCAGCCUUUAAGGGGCCGCAUGCCGCAGCCGCUUUCACAGCGCAAGGAGCUCCUUUGCGUGCUGCGGCAGCUUGUUGACCUGACAUCCGAGCCGGACGCCAUCCCGGACACGCCCAAUGUCGACAGCGAGGGGCGGAAGCACUUGCUGCGGCUGUACCCGUUGCUCGUGAGCGCUGUGCAAGUGGCGGGCAGUUCGGGCGACGCGGCCGUGUUGGCGCUGUGCAACGAGGCUCUCGAGGUUGUUGGUGGCGAGUUGGGGAUCUGAAGCGCGGUAUGUGCUAUGCAUGCAGAAGGGGGAGAAGGUUAUCGCCUCCCG